AUGGAGAGGGCCAGGACUGGGAAGACCUCCCAGGGAGACACAGUCUUCAAUGAGAUGGCCAAAGCCGGAGAUUUUGAUUCACUUUCCAAGGACAAUGUCUUCGAGAAUAACUGUUUGGCCUUUGAAGUGGCCGAGAAAGAGCUGGGGAUCCCCUCUCUCCUGGACCCUAACGACAUGGUCUCCAUGAGUGUCCCUGACUGCCUCAGCAUCAUGACAUAUGUGUCCCAGUAUUAUAACCACUUCUCCAGUCCUGGCCAAGCCAGUGUCUCACCACCCAGAAAGGACCUGGCACCCUCAUCCCCACCAUCUGUGGCACCCACUUCAGUGGAACCAGGAGACAGGGCUCAGGGCGAGGAGCUUUCCUCAGGCAGCCUGUCGGAUCAGGGCACGCACCGGCCCCCCAGCAGCGUGUGCGCGGCCUGCCAGCAGCACGUGCACCUGGUGCAGCGCUUCCUGGCCGAGGGCAGGCUGUACCACCGGCACUGCUUCCGGUGUCAGCAGUGCUCCAGCACCCUGCUUCCUGGGGCUUAUAGGAGUGGGCCCGAGGAAGGCACCUUUGUGUGUGCAGAACGCUGCGCCAGGCUGGGCUCUGGUGGGCGGUCAGGAACGAGGCCCGGGCCCCCACCCCAGCCAAAGCUGCAGCAUCGGCAGCAACUCGCAGAAGAAGCCAAGGACGUCCAAGGAGGCAGCCCUAGCCCUUGUGCAGCUGCAGGAGCUGAGACGGAUGGACUGAAGGCCAGCCCCGAGGCUCGGCCCCAGAUCCCCAGCAAACCCCGGCUUCCCGGCAAACCACAGGAGCUGGCCAGCCCCCUGGCCAGCCGCCCCACACCUGCCCCCAGGAAGGUCCCUGAGAGCACAGCCCUACCCCACCCCACACCCCGGCCCCGGUCCAGCCUGCAGCAGGAGAACUUGGUGGAGCAGGGUGGCAGCAGUGGACUAGUGAAUGGAAGACUGCACGAACCCCCUGUCCCCAAGCCGAGAGGGACACCCAAGUUGUCAGACGGGAUGCCAGCCCCCAGGAAGGACCCCCCAUGGAUCGCGCUGGUGCAGGCAGAGCCUAAGAAGAAGCUGGCCCCGCUCCCCCCGAGCAGCCCUGGGCCGGCAGGCCGGGCCAGCAGGCAGGUGCAGAACGGAGGCGUGGAGGAGGUGACCCAGCAGAGCCCAGCGGCCGGCCCGGAGCCCAAGCCCUACAACCCCUUUGAGGAGGAGGAAGAAGGAGAGGAGUCCCCAGCUGCACCCAGCCUGGUCACCAGCCCUGCCCUGGCCCACUCGGAGUCCACACCCAAGAUCCUGCACCCCUGGUACGGCAUCACCCCCACCAGCAGCCCCAAGACAAAGAAGCGCCCUGCCCCCCGAGCGCCCAGUGCAUCACCGCUCGCUCUCCAUGCCUCCCGCCUCUCGCACUCAGAGCCACCCUCAGCCACACCAUCUCCAGCCCUCAGCGUGGAGAGCCUGUCAUCUGAGAGCUGCAGCCAGAGCGCUGGUGGGAUGCUUCUGGAGCCACCAGCUGUGCCCAAGAGCUCCUCAGAGCCUGCUGUCCAUGCCCCUGGCACCCCUGGCAUCCCAGGCAACCCUGUCAGCCUCUCUGCCAACUCCUCCCUGUCUUCCUCUGGGGAGCUGGUGCAGCCCAGUGUGGCACGGACGCCUCAAGCCAGCCCUGGCCUUACCCCCAGGACUAGUGGCAGCCCAGGUCCCCAGGCAGCCAAGUCCUGUGGUGGCACCACCCCAACCCCUCUCUUGUUGGUUGGGGACAGGAGCCCUGUACCUUCCCCUGGAACCUCAUCCCCACAGCUGCAGGUAAAGUCUUCCUGCAAGGAGAAUCCUUUUAACCGGAAGCCAUCGCCUGCAGCAUCUCCAGCCACAAAGAAGGCCACCAAAGGACCCAAGCCAGUGAGGCCACCUGCCCCAGGACAUGGCUUUCCACUCAUCAAACGCAAGGUCCAGGCUGACCAGUACAUUCCUGAGGAGGACAUCCAUGGAGAGGUGGACGCCAUUGAGCGCCAGCUGGAUGCCCUGGAACACCGCGGGGUCCUGCUGGAGGAGAAGCUGCGUGGUGGAGUGCAUGAGGGCCGUGAGGACGACAUGCUGGUGGACUGGUUCAAGCUUAUCCACGAGAAGCACCUGCUGGUGCGGCGGGAGUCUGAGCUCAUCUAUGUCUUCAAGCAGCAGAACCUGGAGCAGCGCCAGGCUGACGUCGAGUAUGAGCUCCGGUGCCUUCUCAACAAGCCGGAAAAAGACUGGACGGAGGAGGACCGGGGCCGGGAGAAGGUGUUGAUGCAGGAACUUGUGACCCUCAUUGAGCAGCGCAAUGCCAUCGUCAACUGUCUGGAUGAGGACCGGCAGAGGGAGGAAGAGGAAGACAAGAUGUUGGAAGCCAUGAUCAAGAAGAAAGAAUUCCAGAAGGAGGCUGAAUCCGAGGGCAAGAAGAAGGGGAAGUUGAAGACCAUGAGGGUGCUGAAGCUGCUGGGAAACAAGCGUGAGACCAAGAGCAAGUCCUCUGGGGACAAGAGCUAACAGCGAGGGAAGCCAGCUGUGGACUGUCUGCCUCCUGGAUCAGCCCUUGGGCUGUGCUCCCUCGUGGGGCACCACCUGCCUCAGAGCAGUUGGGAGGAAAGAUGACUUCAGGGAAGGAGCCUCUGGGUGACGGCCUCUCCCUCCUCAGGGUCCUCUGGCGGGGCUGGGCCAAAGAGUUUUCCUCCCUCUUCUCUGAGCUCCAGGCAGCUGUGAUUCCUCCCUGCCCAGUCUGAUUCUGAGGACUCUGGAUGCUGUGACUGACCCAAGGGGCAGCGGCCGAGCACGUUCACUCCCUUGUCCCACCCAGCUGCUGCUGUGAUGGGGCAGUUCCUUGGUCCUUCUUCCUCUCUGUACCACUUCCAGAUGGGAUUCUUAGCUGUCCAAGUCCUGCCAUGGUAGCUCUCUGGCCCAGGUCUCCUGCCUCUGUAGGCUGCCCCUCUUGGCAGGCUGGCGAGUAGCACUUGGAGGUGCUGGCUUCUUCCUGCCCAGCCCUGGCUCCGAGCCUCUGCCCUCUUGUCUGGUGCAGGUGCCCUGAGUCUCAGUUUCUCCUUGCUCAGGAGCUCUACUUAUGAAAUCUCUAAUUGAGUCUGAGUUAGUUACUGAAUGGCCUGUGCUGUGCCAGACACGGAUGGGCCUGAUGGGCAAGUCCCUCCCUCCCUUCCUCUCUCAAAGCUCUAGGAGAUGCCUCCUUCCUCUCCCCUUAUUCUGCAGGAAACCUCGCUUUCUGUGACACAGGGCUGUGAUGGCCAUGCUGGGGUAGGUGGGUGUCCUCCACUAAUUCCCCCCAGUGCUGAGCCCUCCAGGAAGGGCCUCUGGGAGGCAGUCCCUGGUUGCAGUUCCGGUUCCUGAUUGUCAGCCUAGGGAGGGUGCGCUUCAAGUAGGUGCUAAUUCUGGUUCUUUAACACAUUGUAGUCUGGCCCCUAACUCAGGCUUUCCUCCACACCCCAGGUCCAGGGGAUAGGGUCCAUUCUGUUUGUGGUCAUCACUAGUCUUGUCUCCUCUGUUUGUUCUCUCCCCAACCCAUUCCCACCAAGGGACAGAUGGCCACUUGCCCCAGUGGGAUAGCUGUGGGAGAGGAGCGAUGGGGAUACCAGCUUUUCCAUAGGGAAUGUGCCCAGCAGUUUUUUGGUUGAAGCACUGUUUCUAUAAGCUAUCUCUGGGAUGCCCCUAGGUCCCCCUUCCCUCCAUGUACCUCUGGGAAAAGAUUGCACUGUAUUAAUUCUUGAGGAUUUUCCGCACCAACAAUAAAUGGAGACAACCUCAUUUGCCAGUG